GCCACACGACACGCCUAGGCCAGCCUGAGCCAGCCCCGCAGUCGCCUGUCCUGUGUCCUCCGGUCCCGGACCUCUGUGCCGCACUGCCCACAGCGACAGCAUCGACAUCGCCCCGGUCCCGUGUCGCUUCGCUUCGUAGCUCGCCGCCUUCCCCGCGCCCCAGCAGCAACGGAUUCCCCUCCCCUCGAGAGAUCCGACCCUUGGCCCGGUCGCUGGGGAGAGCGGCAUGGGGCUCUGGGAUUCGCUCCUCAACUGGCUGCGGAGCUUGUUUUUUAAGCAAGAAAUGGAACUCUCCCUGGUUGGGUUGCAGAAUGCUGGGAAGACAUCGCUGGUCAAUGCUGUUGCUACAGGUGGCUACAGUGAGGACAUGAUUCCAACUGUAGGCUUCAAUAUGCGGAAAAUCACCAAGGGGAAUGUCACAAUUAAACUUUGGGAUCUUGGUGGGCAACGAAGAUUCCGCACUAUGUGGGAGCGCUACUGCCGUGGAGUUUCUGCUAUUCUAUAUGUUGUGGACGCUGCUGACCGAGAUAGCAUCCCAAUAGCGAAAAGUGAAUUGCUUGAUCUGCUGACAAAACAGUCUUUAGCUGGGAUUCCCUUGCUUGUCCUUGGCAACAAAAUUGACAAGUCAGAAGUGCUUUCGAAGCAGGCAUUGGUUGAUCAACUUGGACUGGAAUCGAUAAAGGACCGCGAAGUUUGUUGCUACAUGAUCUCCUGCCCAUAUGGCAUGUGAAGACUGAAGACAGGAUACUACGGGAACGUAUUUUCCUCUCAAAUCCUCUCAAGGUAACUGUUCUAACAUCGAAUCAAAGUGGGAAUUGGUCUAAUCAAUACAUGUGAUCCAUUUUUUUCCGUCGCUGCCAUGGCUCCCGUCGCGGAUCCUGUCGUCCUUCUUCCUCGGCUGGCACUCGUCCGCCUGGUGCCCAUCCGCCUUGACUGGCACCCCCGUCUACCUCCUUCCGCCUUGGCUCACCGUGGUCGCCUCCUUCUGCAUCGGAUGACCGUUGAGUUCGAGGUAUUUAUUAUAGCCCCCAUGUCUAAACUAGAAUUUGUGAACAACACAUAAAUUAUGCGCAGUCACCGGACACGUCCGGUGACUACACAUUAUCUAGUUGUUGGAACUAGUUGUUGUCGACAGUUGAGCUCGAUGUAUCCGGUGUUAAUGUCCGAUGAGUAUAACCUAGCUCGGUUGCAUUUGCAACAUCUCUGAGUACCAUGUCCAUUGUGGAGUCCGCUGCACCACCGAAAACAUGUGGUGCAUUGUAAAUCUUCGUGUACAUGCUACAGAUCUCUGUGA